CUAAUCUCUCUCUCUCUCCUCCCUCUCAUCUAAAUAUCCAUUUCAAGAAAACCACCAUGUACACAAACAGCAAUGAUCAUACCCAUUACGGCUACUCCGCUGAGCGCUACAACGGAGGCGGCCACGUUCCAUUGCCCACAAUGGUGGUGGCACCCGAUGCUCUCGCAUCGGUUCCACUGCAGCCGCCUCCGAUCGCGCCCAGCGGUAACUACGCCUCGUUGUCGCCGCUGAAGUGGGAGAUUGGGUGUAGCAGCUGUGAGUACAGUAAUAGCUCGGCUCCUGGGUACGGGUUGAACAAUUUCCAGAGAAGCAUAAGGAGCCAAAAGAAGAGGGAGGGAUAUUACCCUCCUGUUGUUUCUUUACCGAUCGGAUUUCUUGAUCUGGAUUCUAGUCCGGUCAGAAAGAUUUUCAGCACUGGUGAUUUACAGGGAAUAAAGCCCUGGGUGCAACGGCAGUAUCAGUGCGGCAGCAGUCCACUAGCGAGUGAAAGCAACAGCAUCAUCGAAGGCAUGAGCAAAGCAUGCCGCUAUAGUCCACAGGAGAAGAAGGAACGCAUUCAGAGAUACCGUACCAAAAGAAACCUACGAAACUUUUCCAAGAAGAUCAAGUACGAGUGCAGAAAAACCUUGGCGGAUAGCAGGCCGCGCAUUCGGGGAAGGUUUGCUAGGAACGAUAAUGAGGACGAAGAUGAGGAAGAAGAUGAGACGUCAUCAUGUGAGAAGAAUGGGACAACAACGCCCCAUCAAAGUGAAUGGAAUCUGAUUCUUCAGGCUGCUGCUGGUUCAUUAGAGGCGGAAUUAGAUACUAUCAUUGAUGAUGAAACUUGGAUCAAUCUUCAAUUAUUCGAUAAUGACAAUUUCAAUUGCCAGCAAAUCUAAAUUGUUAGUUAUAUGGACGUACUCCAUAUAAGAUACACUACACAGAUCGAUGACAUUGUUUGUUCUAUGCUGAAUUGGUUUGUUCCGCUAGUGAUUUGCUCUCAUAAAUUGAUGAUUAUUUGCUUCAUUAUAUCAAUCAAACUUUGACUUUUUU